UCGCGGAUUCAACUCUCCAAAGAACCGUCCGUCGCCGUCGGCAUCCCAUGCCCAGGCAGCUGCAGCUCCCGCCGGCCAGCCAUGCUGGAAUUUAACAGCGGGGCAAGCCCAGCUACCAGCGCUUCGUCCAUGCUUUCGAUGCUCAACGUCAACAUGGAGUCUUCUCGCCCCAACGCUUUUUUGCUGGGCAAUCCACCUCUGGCCGCACUUCACUCCAUGGCCGACCUCAAGGCAAGUGCCAGCCAGGCCCACUACACCCCAGCGUCGCAGCCCCUUAAGCCACAGACUGCCUUGUCUUGCGCCUACACGAUGGCCUCCGGGACUCCGCAUGGGAUCAACGACAUUCUGGGCCGGCCCAUCGGACAGACGGCCGUCGGGCCCGCCGCUAGCCUCAGUGCCAUUGGGCUGCCCCGUUUUGGACUUGGGGUCGGUGCAGGCAUGUACUUCAAUCCUGCAAACGGACUGCAUAAGAUGGGACUGAGUGACCUUCCCGGAAGGCCACACUUGUACUGGCCAAGUGUCGUACAGAACCCGUCACUGUGGAGGGACCGUCUCUCUUCGGCUUCAGUGCCCCAAAACUGCCUGGAUAAGGACGGCAAGAAGAAGCACACGCGGCCCACAUUCUCCGGACACCAGAUUUACGUCUUAGAGAAGACCUUCGAGCAGACCAAGUACCUCGCAGGACCCGAGAGAGCAAAACUUGCCUACGCCCUUGGCAUGUCCGAAAGUCAAGUAAAGGUGUGGUUCCAAAACCGGAGAACGAAGUGGCGAAAGCGGCAUGCCGCCGAGAUGGCGACUGCGAAAAAGAAACAUGACUCCGAAGCGGAACAAAUGCGGCAUGAGGAUGUCUCAGACCACGACGAUGGCGAUCCUGUAGACGUCAAGAAACUCCGUCGAGACGAGGAUAACCCCAUCCUGAGACACGACCACAGGCCAGACAGUUUAUCACCGAUUUAGAUGUUUCGUCCGCCGUAUACAGUCCCUGAUUGGGAGCCCCGUGCAAUACUCCUUACGUCGUUAUUCGGACAGUUCGUGUACAUAGCGCGCCUUUGUACUACGUGUACAUACCGCGAUGGGGACAAGCCAGAACCGCGCCGCGACAAGGUACUACGUACGCAACACGAGGUUUACGUGCCAAGCAGAAGGCACCUUCUAGAAACAGCGUCCUCAACUGGGCUUCCUGCACAGGUGAUACAGAACAUUACCCGUUAUUUGUGAUCGAUGCGGUCAGAGUCCUGGAACUCGCAGGCGUAUCGUACCUGUGCUUCUCGGUAGUUGGGUGACGAACCAUGAAAUCAAGUUGCAACUAUACAUGUUCGAUCCUGUGGUGGCAUGUAACACUUAAUUAAAUGAGCACGAUGGCUGCAACCAUUGCAAAACAAACAUCGAAGUCGAACGGAGACGGUAACCAGAGGUGACAGCGCAACAAAAGUCCUGCGCGUACUACGUCGGAGAGCUCUACAUAAUUUUCCCGACAGUAGUCCGGGAUAAGUUUCAUUGUGGCACACACUGAUUGCCCUCCAUUAUCACUGGUGGAUGCAGCGAAGCUGUGAAAGCAAUUGGGUGCUUCAUCUCAAGGAUAUGUCGUUGUGUCCGUGUGUGAUAUCAAUAAUGGUCCUCCUCUGACAUUUUGACGAAUUCCGGACGAUCCACAAGUGUGCUGUACAUCGUAAUUUCUUUUGGUUCUCCUGUGAAAAAACGACGGUUGUAAAUAUAGAUUUACAAACUACCUGCAUGGCGCGUUAGUCCAUAGUCGUGUAGGUAUAUAGUUCUCAUUUCGUGAGUGUGAGAAGUACUAUGUUCAUGUUUUCAGUUAAAAACCAAAGCGAUAUAGUCCUUUAUGUAUGCAAGGUGAUCCAAAAGACCCUUUCCCCGUGCGUAGAAAAAAAUCUUUCCCAGUCCCUCAACGCAUUAAAGCAAGCAGAAAUUGUGUAACAACCAAUUACAUAUUACGUUUCAUUUUUUUUAAAUUAUCUCUACAUCUUGUAGCCAUCUUCCACUGCUCUCCACCUUCUCUUCGUGGAACACAUAGAGUGUAAAGAACAUUUUAGAUUUUACAUGUGAGUGCCCUUCGUACCGUUCUUCGCUCCUCUUUCUUUUUUACAAGGAAGGAACACUGCGCGACGAAAAUAAAGUCCAGGCACACUGUACACUUUCUUGUACAUAACUGUGGUUAAGAAAGCCCGCGUUGUUUAUCGCAUGUAAUACAACAAAUAACAAAACGAAAUGCAAAACUCCCCAGAUAUCAAUUCGUCGCAUCACAAAACAUUAUUUUAGUUGUCCAUACCUGCCGCAAGCUCCUUUAUGUCAGAUUUAUAGAAAAGAGAGCUAUCAUUAUUCAUCGUUGUUCAACCUGUCUUCCACGAAGAGUUGGUUCAGUUUUUGACGGUUAGAAAAUCCUUUACCCCACGAGUGGCGUAAGGGUGUCGUGCUUUUGGAUCACCUUAUAUGGACCGGCUGCAAUAUGUUUUUUUUUCUCUCUCUCUCUCUCUCCCUUCUUGUUUACAGGCAGGGAAUGAAGUUUAUCGGCUAAAACUUCAUUCGAUAGUACCAGAGAGGCUAAGGCAGUAAGGCUCUUACAACAAGGUCCCGCCGUCAUCAUCAAUAAUCAUUUCAUACGUGCUUCCCAUGAUCGUAUAAAGCAUGUCAAAUAUCCCCUUAGACUGCGCUUCAGCGCAUUGUUUUUAAGCUGACAACAUCAAAAUAAGAAAGGAAGGAGGUAUGUUUUGGUCUUGAAAAUUGCAUAUUGAGACACAGACUUGAUAGCAAGUAUCCACAGUAGCAGCUGUCUGUCUACUGACACCAUCUUCUGUUGAAGAAAUAAAAUAAAAGCCUUCACUUCGCAA